CCCCAAGACAGUGAUCGGCAGACAGCAGACAUGAGCGGAUUCAACCCUUACAGUGACGGAACAGGCUACGGCGGAUACAACGGCGGGAGCUCGGGCGGCCAUUUGGACGGUGGCUUCGACCACAACGGUGGCAACCACGGCGACAACAACGACUCCCAAUUCGGCGGCGGCAGCCAGGGGAAACCCAACUAUGCCAGACAGUUCAUUGUUCCCGUAACCAUCAAGAUGCUCAACGAGGCGACCUUGGAAGGCGGCCACGACGGGAAUUACUUCUCGCACGGCAUCGAGCUCUCGUACGUGCGAUUCAUCGGCGUCAUCAGAGAGGUGGAUACCCAGAACACCACACACACAAUGUACAAGUUGGAGGACGGAACCGGCACGGUGAGCAUCCGGGCGUGGAACAACGACAUGUCCGACAGUCAGAACGGGAACAUGGACGUUGGGGACGACGACGACAACAACGACAACGGCCCUGGCUUCAAGCAGCCUCAGUUCUCCACAAACGACUACGUCGAGGUGGUGGCUACCAUCAAGGAAUUCAACAACAAGCUGCAGAUCCAGACUCAGCGCUUGGCGAAAAUAACAAACUUCAACUCCGUACCUUACCAUUUGCUUAACGUGGCCAAGCACUUCUUUGUCACCAAGAACGCCAGCGCUCCAAACUCUGCCAACAGUAACGAUCCCUUGAGUAAACCACAGGACUCGCUCUUUGUCUCGGAGGCCAGCAACGGCAAUGCUGCCAAGUCUCUGUCUGAUCGUUUGUUCGAUUUCAUCAAACAGCACAGCCAAACCAUGAGUGACGGUGUGCCUAUGCAAUUCAUGGCUCACGAGCUUGAUAUGUCUCUGGAUAAAGUCGAGAACGGUAUCUCUGAGUUGGUAGAGGAAGGCCGUAUCUUCUCAACCACCGAUGAUACCCAAUACUUGCCUUUGUAAUUUAACCUUUUCUUAAAAUUUGUCCUUCCUUCCUUCUUUCUUUCUCUCUGUCCUUUAGUUAAACUAGUUAGUUGUGUUUCAUUCGAUUAAAUUUUACGUACCUUUCUCCUACACGGAAAAU